AUGAUCAUGGUCGCCCGUGAACGCAUUCCCCUGGUCGGUCGAAAGUACGCGACAAAGCUAGGAAAUCUGACUCUCAAGACUAAUUCCAACGUCGAGAAUUCACUCAUUUUCAGCCUAAAGACCGUGAUUGCGUCAAAUGCCUUAGUCAAGAUGGACUGGACUAUCAGGAGGCAAUAUAAGACACUCCGCGGGGACAGAGAGUAUAAAAUGGAACUCGCCUUUGACACAGCCGUCGACGUGGUGGCCAACGACCAAGAUAUGGUUAUUCUACUCGGAGACACAAACGGGGAAACUCCAAGCCGACUGGUGUGGAUGGUCGACGCCGAAGGGUACCAUAUCGAAUGCGCCGAGAAAACAGCGAAGGAUCAUGAGAAAGUGAGGGCUAUUGCCUAUAUUGAGCUUAUUCCAAAUUAG